CCCUCCCUGUCACAACAGAGCGCGGUGGAGGCCGCCGCACUUCCUGAGGUCGCCGCGCCGCUGUCCGCAGGCAGGUGGACGGUGCUCGGGGCCGUGGUCGCCGGGCUCCGGCCCCUCUAAGGCCGCGCGCAUCCCGGCUCCGGAGGCUGCCCAGCCAGACGCCUGGUGCCUUUUGUCUGGCGCAGAACGGGGCGUUUGCAUCCCGUUUCGGACACCGUCCUCUCCUUCUCGCCUCUCCUUCUCCCUCGGGUUCACUCUCCUCCUCACACGGCCACCUCGCCCUAGAGGACUGCCGGCUGCCUGGACCAGAGCCCGCGGACGUCUCUGCUCGAGCGAUGCCUCCUCUCCAGAAAGUUGCCGCCACCGCCGCUGCUGGCGGGCGGUGAAACCAAGUCUGGCGGGGCCGCCUCUCGGUGCCUGAGUGCAACCGUGCCCGGCGGCUGGACUCUGCUGCUGGGCGUGCCGUCUCCCCCGGGAGAGCCCGAAACGCGCCCCACCAUGGCCGAGGGCGCGGCUGGCAGGGAGGGUCCCGCGCUGCCCGACGCAGCCGGGGGCGAAGAUGAUCCCCGAGCGGGCCUGGACGGCGCCUCCGGGGAUGGCGUGGCGGCGGCCCCUGGGGGUCGGUGGAGGGACCGGCGCAGCGGGGUCGUGUUGCCGGUUGCUGCAGGGGCCCCAGCGGACAGUGAGGCUAGCCUGCUGGAGGCGGCGCGGGCGACCCCUCGACGCAGCAGCAUCAUCAAGGAUCCUUCAAACCAAAAAUGCGGCGGAAGGAAGAAAACCGUGUCUUUCAGCAGCAUGCCUUCAGAGAAGAAGAUCAGCAGCGCCAGCGACUGCAUCAGCUUCAUGCAGGCUGGCUGCGAGCUGAAGAAAGUCCGGCCCAAUUCUCGCAUCUACAACCGCUUUUUCACUCUGGACCCAGACCUGCAAGCUCUUCGCUGGGAACCUUCCAAGAAGGAUCUCGAGAAAGCUAAGCUGGAUAUUUCUGCCAUAAAAGAGAUCAGACUGGGGAAGAACACGGAGACAUUUAGAAACAACGGCCUUGCCGACCAAAUCUGUGAGGACUGUGCCUUUUCUAUUCUUCAUGGGGAGAACUACGAGUCCCUGGACCUAGUUGCUAAUUCAGCGGAUGUAGCAAACAUCUGGGUGUCAGGGUUACGGUACCUGGUUUCUCGAAGUAAGCAACCCCUUGAUUUUAUGGAGGGCAACCAGAACACUCCCAGAAUCAUGUGGUUGAAAACAGUGUUCGAAGCAGCAGAUGUCGAUGGGAAUGGGAUUAUGUUGGAAGACACCUCUGUGGAGUUAAUAAAACAACUCAACCCUACCCUGAAGGAAUCCAAGAUCAGGUUAAAGUUUAAAGAAAUCCAGAAGAGCAAAGAAAAACUAACCACCCGCGUGACAGAAGAGGAAUUUUGUGAAGCUUUUUGUGAACUUUGCACCAGGCCAGAAGUGUAUUUCUUACUUGUACAGAUAUCUAAAAACAAAGAAUACUUGGAUGCCAAUGAUCUGAUGCUCUUUUUAGAAGCUGAGCAAGGAGUCACCCAUAUCACCGAGGACAUGUGCUUAGACAUUAUUCGGAGAUACGAAUUUUCAGAAGAGGGACGUCAGAAAGGGUUUCUUGCCAUUGAUGGCUUUACUCAGUAUUUGUUGUCACCAGAAUGUGAUAUUUUUGAUCCUGAGCAAAAAAAGGUUGCUCAAGACAUGACCCAGCCAUUAUCUCACUACUACAUCAGUGCCUCUCACAAUACCUAUCUCAUAGAAGACCAGUUCAGGGGGCCGGCCGACAUUAAUGGGUAUGUUAGAGCUUUGAAAAUGGGCUGUCGAAGCAUUGAACUCGAUGUCAGUGAUGGUCCAGACAGUGAACCAAUCCUUUGUAAUCGAAAUAACAUGACAACACACCUUUCCUUUCGAAGUGUCAUAGAGGUGAUAAACAAAUUUGCCUUUGUUGCUUCCGAAUACCCACUCAUUCUGUGCUUGGGGAAUCACUGCUCCAUACCACAGCAGAAGGUAAUGGUCCAGCAGAUGAAGAAGGUCUUUGGCACUAAACUCUACACCGAAGCACCUUUGCUGUCAGAAUCCUACCUCCCAUCACCAGAAAAAUUGAAAAGAAUGAUCAUUGUGAAAGGAAAGAAAUUGCCUUCGGAUUCAGAUGCUUUAGAGGGAGAGGUAACAGAUGAAGAUGAGGAAGCCGAAAUGUCUCGAAGGAUGUCUGUAGAUUACAAUGGUGAGCAGAAACAAAUCUGGCUGUGCAGAGAGCUCUCUGAUUUGGUAUCUAUUUGUAAAUCUGUUCAGUACAGGGAUUUUGAACUGUCUAUGAAAAGCCAAAACUACUGGGAAAUUUGUUCAUUUAGUGAAACAGAGGCCAGCCGAAUAGCCAAUGAAUACCCAGAGGAUUUUGUGAAUUAUAAUAAGAAGUUCUUAUCAAGAAUCUAUCCAAGUGCCAUGAGGAUUGAUUCCAGUAACUUGAAUCCACAGGACUUCUGGAACUGUGGCUGUCAGAUUGUGGCAAUGAAUUUUCAGACUCCGGGUCCCAUGAUGGACCUCCACACAGGCUGGUUUCUCCAAAACGGAGGGUGUGGCUACGUUCUGAGGCCAUCCAUCAUGCGGGACGAGGUCUCCUAUUUCAGUGCGAAUACAAAGGGCAUCGUCCCUGGGGUGUCUCCUCUGGCUCUUCACAUCAAGAUCAUCAGUGGCCAGAAUUUCCCGAAGCCCAAGGGAGCUUGUGCCAAAGGGGAUGUCAUAGAUCCUUAUGUGUGUAUAGAGAUACAUGGAAUACCAGCAGACUGUGCAGAGCAAAGAACUAAAACUGUACAACAAAACAGCGAUAAUCCUAUUUUUGAUGAAACUUUCGAGUUUCAAGUUAACCUACCUGAGCUGGCCAUGAUCCGUUUUGUCGUGCUGGAUGAUGACUACAUCGGGGAUGAGUUUAUAGGGCAGUACACAAUUCCGUUUGAGUGUUUGCAGCCUGGAUAUCGACAUGUUCCCCUGCGCUGUUUUGUGGGUGACAUCAUGGAGCACGUAACUCUUUUUGUCCACAUAGCAAUAACCAAUCGAAGUGGAGGGGGAAAGGCACAGAAGCGCAGCCUUUCAGUGCGAAUGGGGAAGAAAGUUCGAGAGUAUACUAUGCUCAAGAAUAUUGGUCUGAAAACCAUAGAUGACAUCUUCAAAAUAGCAGUUCAUCCCUUACGAGAAGCCAUAGAUAUGAGAGAAAAUAUGCAGAAUGCCAUAGUGUCCAUCAAGGAACUGUGUGGACUUCCUCCAAUUGCCAGUCUGAAGCAGUGCCUGUUGACUCUGUCCUCUCGGCUCAUCACCAGUGACAAUACUCCCUCAGUCUUGCUUGUGAUGAAAGACAACUUUCCUUAUCUGGAGCCUCUGGGGGCAAUUCCAGAUGUGCAGAAAAAGAUGCUGGCUGCUUAUGAUCUGAUGAUUCAGGAGAGCCGGUUUCUCAUUGAAAUGGCCGACACGGUCCAGGAAAAGAUUGUGCAGUGCCAGAAAGCAGGGAUGGAGUUCCAUGAGGAACUUCAUAAUCUGGGGACAAAGGAAGGCUUGAAAGGAAGAAAACUCAACAAGGCAAUUGAGAGCUUUGCUUGGAACAUUACGGUGUUGAAGGGCCAAGGAGAUCUGUUGAAGAAUGCAAAGAAUGAAGCCAUAGAAAACAUGAAGCAGAUCCAGCUGGCGUGCUUGUCUUGUGGACUCAGUAAAGCCCCCAGCAGCGGCGCUGAGGCCAAGACCAAGCGCGGCCUGGAAGCCAUAGAGGAGAAGGAAAGCGGUGAGGAGAACGGGAAGCUGUGACCCCGAGCAGGAUCCACGUGGUCACCUGUCCUUUCUGUCACAGACUCUGUUUUUUUCUUCCUGGGUUUCUUUCUUUAAGCUUUUUAGACGUUCACAAAAAGAUGCCAUCUAUGGGAUGUUGGAUAUAAACAGAUAUUUUCACAAUGUCAGUAUUUUAACGUAGUUAAUUUAUCUAAGUUAAAAUGUUUAGUAGCAGUGUUUUAAAUUCUGAGAUGUGUGUGCAUACCCAUGUAUGGAUGUGGGUGGAAGUGUGUGUGUGUGUGUGUGUGUGUGUGUCUCAGAGACAGAGAGAGAGGUUGAGAUUCUGUUAAAAUCUAUUCUGUGUUGCAUUAUUCAUUUAGUAAGUUAUUAAUGUAUCAUUUUAGGAAAAAUUUGUCAAUCUAAAAUUCUAAAGAGCACUUACUAGAACCUGUUGCUGUGUUUAACUUUACUUCUCUACUUUCGUCAUUUAAUUCAGAGAUGUUAACAUAGCAUAUUAUUGAGGAAAGCCAAAUUUAUCAAUGCAUAGGUAUUUUGAUAGAUUACAUGUAGAUUAGCAAAAUUUCUAAUAAUCAUGGUAGAAAUAAAAGUGAAUUAAAGAUAAACAAAUGACCAGAAUUUCUAGAAAGAUCAGAAAAGUCAUGUCUUCUGUUAGUGAGUUCUUUAAAAUAUUUAUUAAAUAAAAUCAAUUUUUAGGAAGUUGUAUGCAGUUGUUUACUAAGCAGGGAUGAUUUCAGUGGAGAGUUGAUUAUUAGUGAAUUUAUAUCCAGUUAUGUGGUACUCUGAAACACAGUAAGAGCUCUUUUGUAAUUAGGAUUUUGAUGUGUCAAUAUUAUUUAGUUACACAAUUUUAAGGUUGGGAUUUGUAGGAAGGUCUCACUCUUCCAAACCGGGAGUCCAGCAUUCAUUUUCUAUAGCAGACAUGGACAACUAGGCGGUCUUGGCUUUGAUAGCACUUAAUUUGGAGUAAUAAAUUUGAACUCAAUGACAUUGUUCAAACAAUACCAUAUCGUCAUGUUAGGCUGACAUGAACUCUGUGGAUCAGAUAACAUCUUCCUGAUGAUUUAAGAACUAAUUGAUUACAAAAUGUCUAUGAUGUGAUUUUAACACAUGGAGAAAAACACAAAAAAGAAGCAAAUGACUAAUUAGGGUACAUUUAUAAUUGCAUCCACAUCAUUUUUGCCCUAAUAUUUUCAUAAAGUACUUGAGUGUAAUAUGUUUGUUACCUCCAACAGAACUAAAUGUUCUAUGGUUAUGAAAAUAUAUUUAUUUAAAACAUUGCUUUUAUUUUUAAAAGCUUCUUAAUUAAUUUGAUUAACAAAUAUGCUAAUUUGGGGAAUGUAGGGAAGAUAAUUGUUGAAAUUUUGCAAAUAUAAACAUCUUCUAUUAGCUACUGUGUUAAGUUAUUUCUGAGUUCUUAACACUAUUAUGUUCACGCUGCACAUUACUGAAAGAGUAAAGAUGUGAAACAAUA